ACACCUCUUCACGGUUUGACACACUGGUCCCUGUCAUGUGACUUACAUUUUCUGGUACAGCCGGCGGCGGCCCUGCUACAGCUCAGACACCGCUGACUGAGCGUCCCUGCUGGGCAGUUUUUUUCCACAUUCUCUCCGGUGACUGACACUCCAAACUACCAGGCGACCAUGUCCCGAUAUACUGCAUUUGCUUGGCUCCUUGCCUUUGGGAUCGUCUUCCAGCUGUCACAUGGCGUUGAGGUGAAUGUGACAGACAAAGAGGACAUGUUAUGCCUCUAUGCCAAUCUGAAUGUCAGCUUCUCGGUCUCCUAUGAAGUUGCUGGCGAUAGGAAUAAAACAAUCGAGUUUACACUUCCUAAUGAAGUCACGACAGAUGGAAGUAAAUGUGACACUACAAGCUCAACGCUGAAGCUUAAUUUCGGAACGGGGCACUCCUGGAGUGUGAACUUCGUCAUGAAUGGAAAAGUGUACCAGGCAGACUCCAUCACCUUUUCCUACAAUCUCAGUGACUCAACCCACUUCCCUGAGUCUUUAUCAAAUGAAACUGUUUCUGUGACCAUGAAGCCUCAGAUUACAAAUGUAGGCGUGGAUACCUGCUACUCAUGUAAGAGUAAAGACAUGAUCCAGGCUGAUUUGGUCAAUAUGACACUGUCGGACGUGCUCAUACAGGCUUUUGUCAGUAAUGGCAGCAAGAGUGAAAACAUAACCUCUUGUAGUGCUGAUCAACCCACAACCCCUGCUCCGCCCACUACUCCCGCCACCAGUACAGCCACUGCAGCUCCUGUCACAAACUUCACUUCCACUGCCCCUCCUCCUACCACCACCCCGACCCCCACCCUCCCCACUCCUACCACUGGGAAGUACAGCAUCAAGUCGGAUAACAGCACAUUCUGUCUGUUGGCCAACUUUGGCCUGCGGAUUGGUAUCAAGCAAGGAGAGAAAUAUCAGGAGAUGAACCUCGAGCCCAACAUGACCAAAGUCUCUGGAUCAUGUGGAGUAAACAGCAGCGAGCUGCAGUUGGUGUCAAACACGAUGACCAUCAUGUUCACCUUCACCAAUAACACAACGAAAUUCCAACUACAUGCUCUCAACUUCACCGCAAAGACAACCUCUGGUGUGGAGUUUUCUGAGGUUAACACCAACCUGAGUCUGUGGGAGGCAGCUAUUGGCAGCUCCUACAUGUGUAACAAGGAGCAGAACUACACCAUCACCAACGUGCUCACCCUCUACACCUUCAACCUACAAGUGCAGCCCUUUGGAGUCACGAAGGAUGUUUUCAGUACAGCUGAGGAAUGCCAGGCCGAUGCGGAGAGCUUCCUAGUUCCCAUAGCUGUCGGAGUUGCCCUGCUUGUUCUCAUUCUUAUCGUUCUGCUGGCCUAUUUCAUCGGGAGAAAGAGAAACAUGGCCACCGGCUACGAGUCUUUCUAGUUAAAUUUGCUUCAUUUGGAUCUUUAUGCUUUACAAAGGAUAGUCAGUGAAUCGCUGCCUGUUUGUCUCGCUGCCUUUGACUAAUUGUGAAAAAUUACCAACGUGUUGUAUUGAUGUUUCCAUGUAGUGUUUAGUGCUUUUGACUGCAUGACUGUAUUCGUAAAGGAAUAGUUCCACAUUUUGGGAAAUGCGCUCUACAGAAAUACGAUAUUUCUCUCACGUCUGUAUGAUAAAUAUGAAACUGCACAAUCUUAGUAUUAUCUUAGCACAAAGUCUGGUAAUGUGGAAAUGGCUAGCCCGGCUCUGUCCAGAGGUAACAAAAAUCUGCCUACCAGCACCUCUUAAGCUCAUUAAUUAACAUGUCAUAUCUCAUUUGUUGAAUCCAUACAAAAACAGUAGUGUAAAAAUUUUACAGGGCUAUUUAUUGGCCAGGACCUUUACCACCAUGGCUUACCGAUGAACGGCAUCAAAUAAUUUAUUGAAACGGCGCGAUAGAUUUUCCAAAUUUUUUUUUUUUUUUUUUUUUAAGACUGACUGGAUAAAAAUCUGAUAUUAAGAAUAAUUUCAGGGCAUUUGUGAUGCUGCAGAAAAAUCUGUUCGCAGUUUUACAGCCGCCGUUUUUGUAGUCGUUUUGGUGCUAGUGUGCGUCAUGUGAUCCUGUAAUACCGAGCGUGGCCACAGUCUAUGGCGCCGUUCCUGGGGGUUACCGAAGAUUCUAGUUGCCGUAAUCAAUACGCACUAACAAAACAAAAUGGAAAGACGAACGUUAGCUACAGUUGUUUGCUACAAAACUAUUAAUGUCCACUAUAUAGGAAUGUGAUCUGGACAAAGUGUAAUAACGUUGAUUAACGGUUGUUUUACUGCAGAAUUGGACUUGUGAGGAUUAAAUUAUAACCUGGUAUAUCUGUUGAAUUUCAAAGUUUAAUUACCUUUAAUAACAGACUUUGGUGGCACGUCGGCUCCUUUCACCAACAAGUUGGAUAUAAAGGAGCCACAAAGUGUCACUUUUACACCUCAGUGUUUGUACGGACUAAACCAACAAGACAUAUAACAUGUUAGUGAGCUUUAGAGGUUCUGGCAGGCGGAUUGUGUUACCUUUGGAGGCGCCCGGCUAGCUGUUUCUGUCUGUUAGCCGUCUUCAUGCUAAGAUAAGAUAAGUAGCUCAUGGCUGCAGCUUCAUAUUGAACAGGCAGACGUGAGAGUGGUGUUCUUCUCCCUUUACUGUGAGCGAGAAAGUAUUCUGUGUAUUUCCCAAAAUAUUGGCCUGUACCUUGAAUGCUCAUAGAGAAUAAUAAGUCCCGUCUACUUGAGUGAUUUCCUUUUUGUGCUUUCGGAAUAUUUAACGCCCCUUUUCCUCCAAUCUACACCACAUUUACAUUGUUGAUUCCACUUUUUGUAGGUUCUGACCUCCUUUCUCGCUGCUUCUCCCCUCUGUGUCCUUCUCUGAGUUGUGUUUUCUGCCGACUAAACCACUAACCUGCUGUCUCUGUCUCCUUCUUUCUGUCUGUCAGCUUUGGAAUGCUUCCUGGACUCUGAUUUGAGCUUUUUGGUGCCCAUUGCAGUGGGUGUGGCGCUCAGCUUCCUAAUCAUCCUUGUGCUUAUCUCUUACCUGAUUGGCCGGAGGAAGAGUCGCACUGGCUACCAGUCUGUAUAAUCCAACCCAGCUGCUUCUGCCUCUUACACCCUUCCAACCCUCACAGCUCUUAAAAGGCACCUUCCCAGCCACCUCCCUGCCCGUCAAGCACAUCAAAAGUGCCCCAAAUUUCUGCUUUGUUUUCUGUUUCCCGUGAGGCAGCGUCUCCCUAAGAAUAACCUUUAGCUUCUUUCUCGUACCAGGUUUAAACUUUAUCCCAGCAACCACCCCACUGGUUUCCUUUGUUUUGCUUUGAUGCCAAUGACUGAAUCAAGUACCAAGACAUUUAUGAUCGAUAUUGAAUCGUUUGAAUAUAGAUUGCAUGUUUUAAAAAAUUAAAUUUAUGGCUGUGAGUAGCCGUCCACUUCCUCCCGUCAGACCUUCCCCCCUCCGGAGAGAGAGGCUUUUUCCUCUCGGUUUCUGUGCUGUAUAAUAGUAUAUGUGUAAAUUACUCUCUUGUAUAGAAUGAAUGACAUUGAUUUUUGAUGACGUGAAUGUACGAGCAAGCUAAUAGAUCCACUGUUGUCAUCCAUAUCCCAGAUGCCACUGUUUUCAUAUUUCUUUAACCUUCAUGCAACUUAAAUUAAAAGCUAAAUGAAACUGUUGCACAUAGAGCCAAUUAACUGUAGCUUGAUGAAAGGGACACUAACUUAUCAAGACACUUUACCAGCUUUGGGACCAAUUUUUUUUUUCGGAAAUGUUUGAGGCUAUGUUUUUAUGUCUCUCUCACUCAUGUUGGGAAUAUUUAAGACUUUUUAUUUUGUCAAAAUGUACACUUCUUAUAAAAGAUUUACUUGGGAGUGUUUGGUGAAUUAAUUAUAAUGUUGAUCGUUUAUCAUCGUAUGUCAUUUCAGAAAGUUUAACAUAUUCAUAUUUGGGCCAUUGGGUAGUGGGUCUCAGACCUGGUUUAAAUUUAUACCUACCCCAGGCACCAGAAAUCAAACUUGGUUGAAUGUAUGUUAGUAUGCUCUUGAUUUAGCAAGUAAACACUGGUUAGAGUAAGGUCCCUACGCUACCCUCCUUUGACGGUACAGGGACAUUAACGGCAUGAGCAGAUCAAGUAAAGUCACACCAUUUCAAUUAUACGAUCCUCGGUUCUCUACAUACGAUCACUCCCCCCUCCCCCGACAGUUUUGUGCCUUUCUGUUGUGCACCUCUUGAGUUGCUUGCUUGAAGCUUGUCCCCAUCUGAUGAAGAAUGUGACAUGGCGAGCUUGUCUAACACAAGCGUGGGGGAACAGGUUGAAUAAAGUUUCGUUCUCGUUUUGUAUCAC